AUGGCCGACUCUUUGAACCUCAACGGUCUUUCAUUGAACGACUCCAAGCACGCUCCACAGGGUCCGAUGAUUGGUGGUCGUUCUGCCUACAUUCCUCCUCACCUUCGCGGUCAGCCUGGUGCCCGCGCACCGCCAACCACGGGCAUGGAUGGAGCGGGUCCUCUUCCUGGAGGUGACUCGAUCCCUCAACCCGCAACACAGGGUGUGAACGGGAACGCAUGGGCAAACAACACCAAUAACAAUGGCAGCUGGGGCAAUGCUGCUGGUCCAGGCGCUCCUGCCGCUGCCGCUGGCGGUCCUCAGCCUAAUGGCUGGGCCGGCCAGGGCAAUCCUCGUCCUUUCAACCCGAAUGCAUACGGCGCUCCAGGCCAUGGUGGCGGUCACGGUGGCGGCUACAGUGGCGGCCAUGGCGGCGGUUACGGCGGCAAUUCAGCUCGUGGGUCAGGAGAUGGACAAUGGAAAGACGGACAACACAUCCCAGGCCCCGCAAAUCCCAAGGUAGAGCGAGAAUUGUUCGGCGCCCCUGACGACCCUUCCAAAUCUCAUUCUGGCAUCAACUUUGCCAACUAUGAUGACAUCCCGGUUGAGGCUAGCGGCCACGAUGUCCCCGAACCUGUCAACGCCUUCACGAACCCUCCUCUCGAUGAUCACCUUAUCGCGAACAUCAAGCUUGCGCACUACACCACUCCCACUCCUGUACAGAAGUACUCUAUCCCCAUCGUUAUGGGUGGCCGAGAUCUCAUGGCUUGUGCACAGACUGGUUCUGGCAAGACCGGAGGUUUCUUGUUUCCAAUUCUCUCACAGGCUUUCCAGCGUGGUCCAACUGGGGCACCCACAUCCGGCGGUGGUUUCCGCCAGCGAAAGGCAUUCCCUACUUCUUUGAUCUUGGCUCCUACUCGUGAGCUGGUCUCCCAGAUUUACGACGAAGCACGCAAAUUCGCCUACCGUUCUUGGGUGAGACCUUGCGUCGUUUACGGAGGUGCCGACAUUGGUACUCAACUUCGAUCCAUUGAACGUGGAUGUGACCUGCUGGUUGCAACACCUGGUCGUCUGGUCGAUCUUAUCGAACGAGGCCGCAUCUCGCUUGCUAACAUCAAGUACUUGGUUCUCGAUGAGGCCGAUCGCAUGCUCGAUAUGGGUUUCGAACCUCAGAUCCGCCGCAUCGUGGAGGGCGAAGACAUGCCCGACGUCCAAAACCGUCAAACCCUCAUGUUCUCGGCCACUUUCCCACGGGAUAUUCAGAUGCUGGCCCGGGACUUCCUCAAGGACUAUGUUUUCUUGUCCGUCGGACGAGUUGGUUCGACCUCCGAAAAUAUCACCCAGAAGGUUGAGUAUGUUGAGGACCAAGACAAGCGUUCUGUCUUGCUUGACAUUCUGCACACUCACUCUGGAGGUCUGACUUUGAUCUUCGUGGAGACGAAACGCAUGGCCGACACUUUGUCCGACUUUCUCAUCAACCAAGGCUUCCCGGCAACUGCCAUUCAUGGUGACCGUACUCAACGUGAGCGUGAACGAGCGCUGGAGUUCUUCCGCAAUGGCCGAUGCCCCAUUAUGGUGGCCACUGCCGUUGCAGCUCGAGGCCUUGAUAUCCCCAACGUGACUCACGUAGUCAACUACGAUCUCCCUACCGACAUUGACGAUUAUGUCCAUCGAAUUGGUCGUACCGGUCGUGCUGGCAACACCGGUCUGUCGACCGCCUUCUUCAAUCGUGGGAACCGUGGUAUUGUUCGUGAGCUUCUCGAACUUCUCAAGGAGGCUCACCAGGAAGUUCCCACCUUUUUGGAGAACAUUGCCCGUGAGAGCUCCGGCUUUGGCGGUGGUCGCGGCGGUCGUGGCCGUGGAGGCGGCGGCCGUGGUGCUUCUGCAACUCGUGACGCGCGUCGCGGAGGCGGAGGCAUGGGCGGUGCUCCUUCCUAUGGUGGUGGCUUCGGUGGUGGCUACAGUGGCGGUGGCUACGGUGGUGGCGCAGCAUACGGCGGCGGCGGCGGCAGCGGCGGGGCUUAUGGCGGUAACUACGGCGGCAGCUACGGCAACCCAGGCGGUGCCAGUGGCCCAUCGUCGUGGUGGUAA